GAGAGGAAGGAAGCGGGUGGAGAAAACCACUAUAUACCCAAGAUGCAAGGAAAGUUGAAAAGUAGAAGAAAAAAUAUAUUAAAUCAGUGUAAACUAAGAGAGUCACAGUGUACACUCUGUGGGGAGCCUGAAGAUUUGGAUUCUCUAACAGGGCAUGCAUUUCCAGAAGAAGAGGGUGGCGAUCUGCUCAAGUCGAGCUUCAGUUUUCCAGGGACGCCAGAGGAGGAGCUAGACCAGCAGUACUCAUGGUCGCCUUCUCAGCACUUCAAUGAAGAAAGAUACUCUCCUGCUCCGAGGAAUAUGAAAGGAUUAUCUGGUAGUCGCAACCAACCACAGUUAUGUUCAGCUCAUACUUGUGGCUUAGCAUCCCCUGAAGAUUGUGAACACACCCACGACCAUAUCCACCAUGGGCAGGAGCCAAGGCAAUCAUAUCUUCUCAGCCCCACAGAGAGUUGCCCGAUGGACCACCAUCGUUGCUCGCCACGCAGCUCCAUUCAUUCUGAAUGCAUGAUGAUGCCCAUGGUAAUGGGCGAUCACAUGUCAAGUAGCACUUUCCCCAGAAUGCACUACAGCUCACAUUACGACUCAAGAGACGACUGCGCCAUGUCUCACGGUAACCCUAAGAUUAACCGUAUUCCUGCAAAUCUUUUGGACCAAUUUGAGAAACAACUUCCUCUUCACCGGGAUGGGUUUCACACUUUACAGUACCAGAGGACCUCAACAGCUGCGGAACAACGCAGUGAGAGCCCAGGAAGAAUACGCCAUCUUGUUCAUUCAGUCCAGAAACUUUUUACUAAAUCUCAUUCUCUGGAAGGAUCAUCCAAGGGCAAUGUUAAUGGAACAAAGGGAGACAGUCGAGGGGAUGACCAUCAUCAUGGCCACCAUUCCAAGCAUAGCAAAAGGAGUAAAAGUAAGGAGCGAAAACCAGAAAGCAAGCAUAAAUCUGGAAUGAGCAGCUGGUGGAGCUCUGAUGAUAAUUUGGACAGUGAUAGCACUUACCGAACCCCUAGUGUGGUAAAUAGGCACCAUGCAGAUCAUAUAUCCCACUGCUAUCCUGAGGCGCUCCAGGGGCAUUUUGGGGAUCUCUCAUUGAAGACUUCCAAAAGUAACAAUGAUGUGAAGUGUUCGGCUUGUGAAGGGCUAGCAAUGACCCCUGAUGGUAAAUAUAUGAAAAGGAGUUCUUGGUCCACACUUACAGUAAGUCAGGCUAAAGAAGCUUAUCGCAAAUCAUCACUGAACUUAGAUAAGCCUCUGGUUCAUCAGGAAAUCAAACCUUCCUUGAGGCCGUGCCAUUACCUUCAGGUACCUCAGGAUGAAUGGGGAGGAUACCCAGCUGGUGGGAAAGAUGAAGAGAUCCCCUGCAGAAGAAUGAGAAGUGGGAGCUAUAUUAAGGCCAUGGGAGAUGAAGAAAGUGGAGACUCUGAUACUAGCCCCAAGACAUCACCAAAAUUAACAGUUCGACCAGAGUCGCUAUUAAAAUCCAUUGGACAGAGACCACUGGGAGAUCAUCAAAAUCAGAGCUACCUUCAAACUGCAAGUGACGUGCCUGGGGGUCACAACCUGGAUCCCUCUGCAAACUACAAUUCCCCAAAGUUUCGCUCAAGGAAUCAGAGCUAUAUGAGAGCAGUGAGCACGCUCAGUCAGGCCAGCUGUGUUAGUCAGAUGAGUGAAGCAGAGGUUAAUGGGCAAUUUGAAUCGGUGUGUGAAUCAGUGUUUAGUGAAGUUGAAGCUCAGGCAAUGGAUGCCCUUGACCUCCCUGGAUGUUUCCGAACAAGAAGCCACAGUUACUUGCGUGCCAUUCAGGCAGGCUAUUCCCAAGAUGAUGAAUGUAUACCUGCGAUGGCAUCUUCCAACAUCACCUCAACUAUCAGGUCAACCACAGCCGUAACUUACACAAGUUACAAAAAAACACCGCCACCGGUACCCCCUCGUACCACUUCCAAGCCACUGAUCUCAGUCACAGCACAGAGCAGCACAGAAUCCACCCAGGAUGCAUAUCACGACAGCCGGACUCAGAGGAUUUCCCCGUGGCCACAGGAUGGGCGAGGGAUGUACAACUCCACCGACAGUUUGGACAGUAACAAGGCCAUGAAUCUCGCCUUGGAAACUGCGGCUGCGCAGCGCCAUGCCUCUGAAAGCCAGAGCACCUCGAUACGAACCAGUGACAAGGCCAUUUUAGUGACAAAAGCAGAGGAGUUUCUUAAGAGUCGACGUUCCUCUAUAGGGAUCCAGGUGGAAACAGCAACUGAUUCAGAUACUGAAAGCAGAGGCCUACGGGAAUACCACUCUGUUGGAGUACAAGUAGAAGAUGAAAAACGACACGGUCGAUUCAAGCGCUCAAACAGUGUAACAGCAGCUGUCCAGGCUGACCUGGAACUGGAGGGUUUUCCAGGACAUAUCACCAUGGAGGACAAGGGACUUCAGUUUGGUUCAUCGUUCCAGCAGCACUCAGAGCCCAGCACACCCACCCAAUACAGCGCAGUGAGAACUGUACGGACACAGGGACUGUUCAGUUACAGAGAAGAUUAUAGGACCCCAGUUGACACCUCAAACCUUCCACCACCAGAACCCUGGCUAGAGCCAGCCAUUGAGACAGUAGAGACUGGUCGAAUGUCUCCUUGUCGACGGGAUGGAUCUUGGUUUAUGAAGUUGCUACAUACUGAAACUAAGAGAAUGGAAGGAUGGUGUAAAGAAAUGGAAAGAGAAGCAGAAGAAAAUGAUCUUUCUGAAGAAAUCCUAGGUAAGAUCCGAAGUGCUGUUGGAAGUGCUCAGCUCCUCAUGUCUCAGAAAUUCCAGCAAUUUUAUUGGCUUUGUCAGCAAAAUCUGGACCCGAGUGCCAUGCCAAGACCAACUUCCCAGGACCUAGCAGGUUUCUGGGACUUAUUGCAGCUCUCAAUUGAAGACGUCAGCAUGAAGUUUGAUGAACUGCACCAGUUGAAACUCAAUGAAUGGAAAAUAAUAGAAUCACCUGAAAGGAAGGAAGAAAGAAAGGUUCCUCCUCCUGUACCAAAGAAGCCCCCAAAAGGAAAAUUCCCUAUCACAAGAGAAAAAUCUCUGGACCUACCCGACAGACAGCGACAAGAAGCUAGAAGACGGCUAAUGGCUGCCAAGAGAGCAGCCUCUUUCCGGCAGAAUUCAGCCACAGAGCGUGCAGACAGCAUCGAGAUAUAUAUACCAGAGGCUCAAACCCGGCUUUAAAGACAGAAUGCUGCAGAGUUCCUUUUUUAAACAAAAUGCUUGUACAGUUUGUCACUUACCUGGUAAUUUUUGUCUCAUUCUCUCCACUAAAUAUGCCCUUGCUGUUGUGUUCUUUGUGCCAUAAGCACAGUGGAAUGCUUUUGAUUUCCUCAGAAUUUGCUGAGCUCACCGCAAGAACGACUUCUUUUUGUAUUUAUUGUCUGACUUACAAUCAGCUACAAUGGAUAGGGCUUGUCGAGACCUGACUUAUCCAAUAUAUUCUCAGAGGACAACAAGAAACACCUCUUGAGAUGGAACCCAGCUUACUUUUUUGUUAUUUAUAUUUUUAUAAAAUGUGUGAUAAUUAGGGAUAAGAAUAACAAACUAUAAAUGGGUGCAUCUCACCAUUCACUAGAGGCAUUAGCUAAUCCAAGUAGAAGGUGCUACAAAUGUAAAGAGCAGGAAAGAAAGAACCCAUUUAUCUCUCUGACCUCCAGUUUCUUUUCCUAGAACCCAGCUAACACAUUUACCCAUGUGCUCUGCCACUCUUCUCAUCUUUGUUACUGCAAAAUAACCUUAGGCCUCUCAUGUCAUGUCAAGUUUCUGGAGAUGAACAGGGAUAUCCAGCCACUAAAACUCCAAAGUUCAUCAGAAACCAAGAAGCAUACAAGUCUGGUGGUGGUGGUGGUGGGAAUGCCCACUGAGAAACGUUUGCUGUUAGCAGUGUAACGACACUCUGAAACCUAAGCAAAAUUAUAAUGCAAGAGGACUUGAGUGAUGGGUGAAAGGAAAACGGAAGCCUUAAAAAGUUAGAUCUUCUGUAGCAAGAUGUGUAAAGAAAAAGUUAUACUCGCUCCUUUGGAACACUCAUUGCAUUUUUAACAGUUCUUUUACGUGUUAACAUUUAUUUUAUAAACCUUCUCUCUUUCAUUUCAAGAGCUAUGCUACAUGUAAUAUUUCAAACUCUCAAAAUGUUAUAUCAAUUGAGUUUCCAGGGUAUCCUUGAGAAAAAAAAAAAAAUCUUGCUUGUUUAAAAUGCCAGUUGUGAUGUUGUAAACAGUUUAAGAAAUAUGAAUGUGAGUGGUAAGUAUAUCUAAGUUUAAAUGGUUAUGUUAAGGUAAAGGUGAACUGUGGUUUACAGUUGUAUUUUUUUUUUUAGAACUAUUUUUCUAUGCAGUAUCAUUUAUGGCAAGAAUAAGCUUCUUGCUUGCUUCAGACAUUAAAAAAAAAAAAACACAAAAAACAUGACUCAAGAAAUAAGUGAUUUCCAGUCAUGGAAUAUAAGGAAAAUAAUAUAUUUUCAAGCCUCACAUUGUCAGAAGAGAGAAGUGGUAACUACCACAGUCAAGAGGCUUUAAUUUAAAACAAAUUAAGACACAGUUAUUCCACUUCACCUACCUUCCAGAGCCAACUGAGUAACCCAGCACUUAGAAGUCUUCAGGUGAAGACGCAAUAAGAUGCGCAACCUGCAUCCCCCGAUUCCAAGGUUUGAAUCCUACUGAACACUACUUUAGGUCAAAACAGUCUGAACCCAGUGAGACAAACAGCCCCAACUACUGCAUUCCCUGUUUACCUGCUUUAACAAAUGCAAUGUAUUUAGCCAUAGGCAGAACAGCUAUUUAAUUAUACUCGAGCACUUUGGUUCUUCACCUGAUGAGCACUUUAAAUCCAAAUCCCACACACCCUGCAGCCUGAUGGAUGACUGAAAACAUGAAGUAUCAUAGGUUAUGCAGAUCUGACAUUGCUUCAAAUCUGUUUUCUUUUUUGUUUGUUUGUUUUUCAUUUUCCUUCUCUUUUUCCUACAGUGUGUAGUAUUAAGCAUGAGUUCUGUCUUUGGAGCACAGCUGAUAAAGCAUGUUUAGCUUCAAGAUACGAAUCUUUAGAGAUGAAGUUUUGAGAAGUUUCUGUGAGGAGAAAACCCUGUAAAUUGAGCCUGAUAUCUGGUAUAUACUUUACCAAAUAGCCUUAAACUAUAUUUGGAAGCAAAAACCAAGACGAAUGUAUAUCCUUCAAAAAUGAAAAAAAAAAAAUCCCUGAAAUAUUCUUCUAUAAAUGAAAACAUUAUAUUUCCCAUCCCUUGUGUUUUCAAGGCAUUUUCUAUUAAGGAAAGAGCUGAAUCCUAGGUAGUGUACAAUAUUGAUGCUACUUCCUAUAUUUGUUAUACUAUUUUAAAUACAAAUGUACCUGCAGACAUUGGCAUCUUUAGUCUUGAAAACCGGUAUCUUAUUUAAAGUGGAGCUGCUAAUUAGAAAUAUCCACACAAAACUAAAGCCAGUGACUUUCCUAGAUUUAAGAAAUUUAAAAUAGACACACACACCCCUAUACAUAUAUAUAUAUAUUUUUAUAUAUAUAUAUAUAUAUAUAUAUAUAUAUGGCAGCUGAUACAUUUUAUCUAAUUUUCCUGUACACUUCAAGGAGAAAUCCCACUUGACUUACUCGCUUGAAAACCCCCACCUGCAGCAACAGGUCAUGCAAUGAAGACAAGUUGUAUUUGAUUCUGCCUGGAAUCAGAGUUUAUAAAGACAAAUUGUAAAAACAACAGAUUACAGAUAAGCUUAGAUCUCAACUGACCUAGUAAUACUGACUUGGAGCUGUCUGAAUAAGUCUUUAAUUUUAGAAUCAUAUUUUGAUAGUUUUUUGAUAUGUUAAAAUUUUAUUGGAUGUUCUAAGGCAAAAAUAGGCCUGCAUGAAUGGUGCCAACCCUGUAUUUUACAUUUCCCAUGCCAUUAUGAGAAAAUGUUCAAUAUAAGCUUUGGCUAGCUAUGACUUCUGUUUGUUCCACCUUUGUUUCCAAAAAAAAAAAAAAAAAACCAAAAAAGAAAGAAUCAAAAGUAAACUAGAUGCCUACUGAAAAAUCUGAUAAUAUGUUAUCUGUGCAUGUUACAUUUCCAAGUGCAAUAUAUUACAUUAUUGUACAGGUAACAUUCUAUCAUUAAAGGCAAAUAAUCCAUUUCUAUUUACAUAUUGUACAUCCGGUUAGUUUAGAAAAAUAGCAUUAUGCUUAUCAUACUUGUGUUGCAAAUAAAUCAUAGUCAAAUUGCUUCAGUCCCUGACAUGAGAAGCACAACGUACGGUAUCUUAAUAAAUAUAUAAACAGAUCAAUUGUAAUUUGACCCCACAUCAUAAAAAUAAAAUUCAGUCACAAAGCCAAUGUAGGAGGAACAUAAAUAAACAUAAAGAUGGAAAGUGGAUGCUUUCUACUUAGAGACUUGAUGAUGUAGACCCACACAGAACAGCUGGAUAGAUGAAAGUCAUCUAGUGUUUAAUUAAAUACUAAUCAGACUAAAAUUUAUUUUAACAGAUGAAAAUUAUAGAAAGUCUGUGUUCAUUUUUCAUUGCCUGUAAAACACAAGUAUAAUAAACAGAAUUCUGAAAAUUUAAAUAAAAAAAAAGACCUGACUGGUAAAAUUGUUGAUAUUUGCCAUACUUAUUUUUGCUUUGUAUAUUUUUUUAGAUUUGAAAUUAUUUGUAAAUUGGUGAAGUACAUUAUGAAGUGUUUUAUUAUUUCAUGUCAACCUGAUUAGAAUGGCCUUUGGCAGUGUGUGAAGACUAAUAAUGUUGUACAGUUUAAUACCAAAAAAUGGCAUUUUAAUUCAUGCUUAAACCUGGUCACUAUGUUAGAUUUGAUAUCAGGAAGGAAUUAAAGCGUGCAUAGGAAGAUGUGUGGAUUUCAUAUAUAUAUAUAUAUAAAAUACAUUUCAUAUAAUGGAAAUUAUUUGUUUUAAAAUAAGUCCAUGUCCUGCUAUAUCAGUAAAUUAAUAUUCUAGUUUCAUCUUCUUCAGCACUGCAACUGGUAUAAAGUGAGGGAAUGUUCGGUCAUUGGGUGAUUUUGCCAGGAAAAGAAAUAACUGCUACGCGAUGACGUGCCAUACGAGAACCGCAGUCUCCUCAUGCCCUGCUGGAGCGGUGCCCUUGAGAGGCUCCUGGCCCCAUGGCACCCCCGGGCAGCACCACUGCUCCGCGCCAGGUCCUCCCCACGCAGGUCCGCCCUGGCCCCCUCGUGCCCAGAGCAGCGUGCCUCCAGAUCAGCCCAUCUCAGCCCUUUGUGUUCAAAGCCUUGAGCCUGCCCUGCCCAGUCGGUGGGUUUGAUGUCCUCCUCGGCGUUUCAGCGUGGGUGCCAGUGGCAGGGGGCACACCGGAGGCUCAUCCAUCGAGUGCUGGUUUGUGCGUGUUAAUUUGAGGUCUGAAGCUGGUUUGGCAGCUCCAGGUGUCAAGCUGUGUGUGCUGAAAAGCUGCGAAAACCUAUGUAGCAGAAGCCUCAGUAUUAGAGAGAGCCAGUAUGUAAUGUGAAGCAGCAUUACUCCUGUUGCUGUUCCCAGAGGAUCUUAUGAUGUAGUGAUACCACCCGCAAACUGCAUACGAGGUGAGGAAUAUCAGUAAACCCCUUAAUGUCUAGCAAGGUGCUUCCUGGUGCGUGACAGGUUGACACUUGCUUACAUUUAUACAGUGCCUUUCAUCCAGAAGGAUCUCCAAGCACUUUAUUAGCUGACACACAAACUCCAGGCUGGGCUGCAGCUGGGACAGGUCACCCUGCCCAUGGCCUGGUGAACCAUCAUGGCAGGACACUGGGGGCUCUCCUGCCUGUCCCCAUUAUGCCAGGGAGUUUCCUUCCACAACAUCCUCCCAGCACCCGGGAGGACCCUUACAGUCCAAGCCUGUGCCAAAGGAGAAGCAAAGACUUGCUGAACCAAGAGAAAGGCCUGAGCGAAGCAAAGCACAGGUGAGGACAAUGCUCAUAUGGUCCCUCCAGGGUGUAGGCAAGGAAUGAAGAGUAUCAGAUAAAGUUUCCAGAACAAUCUCUACUUUUCCUGUUCACAGUUGCAGGGAGGGUCUUCACGGAGGAGGAAAUUCCCUGGGAGGGCGCCGCAGGAGACCCCUGGCCAGUGCCAGGCGGGGGAGCUGAUGGCGCCUGCAGCUGAGCCCUCUCGGUCAGGGAUCUUGGCAAGUCUCUCCCUCACAAGUGCAUUCCCCCCUGGCUUUCUUAGCGGGAGAGACUCAUCUGGGGCACAUGCUGCAAAAGCAGCCUGCCCCUGUGGCAUAACUGCCACGUGCCCUGUUCUGUCCCCAGGUCUGCCCUCCAGCGAAGCUAAAAUGUGGCACGGGAUUUAGGCAUAAGGAUUAUGCUUCGGUUUGGGCAGCUGCUCAUUACUGAGACUGAGCUCUAACCCUAAGGGUUCUUUGUAUGGCAGAGCAAUGGGGACGCCUCUCUCUGCAUUGGCAGGAUCAGCAGACUAGAGACAGGUAUUUCAUACAGCAGAUAACAGAAAGAGGAUAUAUACAUACACACAUAUAUAUAUAUGUAACAACCUUUCGGUGUCAUGGUCCCAGAGAGUUGGACCUGGGAACCACAGUCAACACUCACGCUCCUCUAGACCAUGCCACUUUCUUGCAGCUCAGCCUCAGCACUGACAGCCAUGGCAAGUUCACUGCCUAGUGCAGCCCCAUGGCCCAUCUGCAACUAUCCACCAUGUUCACCUCCAGGGACCAUCUUUGGGAACAGCUGUUUUAUAGCAUACUCAUAUGCAUACACAACUCCUGGCGGGAAUUAAGCCCUCUGUAUACACAGAAAUUGCUUAAUUUAUCUCUGAAAUGCAGCUACCUCUAUGGUGUAAUGCUGCAGCUGUUUAACUACAUAAUAGGCUGUUCAGGACAGCAAGUAAAAAACUGAAAUUGAAAUGGAAACUUGCCCAAAAGAGAAUUUGGCCAGCAUAUUAAGACUGAUUCAGCUUGUCUUAAUGAGAUAAAAUUCUAAUAGCUGCAAGAGGCCAUGGCAUUCGUUAUAUCUAAAACUCAUAUUCCAGAUCCCUUCUCAUUAAAUGCAUAUCGCAUUUCAUAAACGACGAUCACAGAAGAACACUGCACAUUCACAGUCCCACCUUUCCACACAUGAGUGUUUCUCCCGUUACCCUUCAUUGCUGAAAUAGAACUGGGCUUCUGAAGUCAGAUAGUAGAUAAUGUAAAUUAGUAUGUAUACGCAGCUUGCUCUUUAACUGAGCAAACGCAGAACAGUUUUCAUCAGUUGGCAAUUUAAUUCUCUAUUUUAUUAAGGCCAAAUUGUUAUUUUUCUAAAUUGGUUUUGUUGGACAGGAUUUUUUACUUCUCUAGUACAAAACCAUGAAUAUUUUCACCUAAGAUUAAAUGAGGGGGAGGUUUAUUUGAAGAUAUGGUCAUUACUCACCAACACAGUAGUGAGGAUUUUUCUUCUCCUUCACUUACUCUUCUUUCAUUCAACACAGCAUUUCCUAUUCCUAAAGCUGAACUGUCAUGCAGGUUUCUUAUUUGUGAGAUGAAUUAUUGCAGAGCUUCAGGCUAAGUUCUGAUCUCAGCUGUAUUAGAAUCAAUGCUAAGAAACUGAAAUUCGAAAGAAAUGUCAGAUUCGGAUCAGCAUAAUUCAGAUCAAUAUCUGACUCAGCAAGUCCUACUGAGGUAGGAAAGACUCACUGUCAGAGUUAGCAACUGCAUAACCACUUUGUAGAAUGUAGUUCUUCCUUUCAGGUAGGUCACAAUCAAGCAGAGGGCUUGGUAGUUGCUCCAAGCCUCUGAUGAUAGUCCUCACAAAGAAAUACUAGCUUUGUUUAUAAUUACCUGCGGAAUCCACAUGCUCAUAUCCAUGCUUUGAUUUACCCUUCGGAGGUUUAAUAGUAUGGCCACCUCAUUUUAAAAGGGCUCAGCAUUUAUGUAUUCUUUAGUUCAAUUUAUAUAUUAAUUUCCUGAAUUAGUAUUUCCCUUUCAAGUAGCCUGAAUUAUACUGCUCUAGAACUGUUCUUUCCUGAAGAAAAGCCACUAUGACUGUGCAGGAUUUUCUGUACAGAGACAAAAUUCAUACUUCCAUUUAUCAUGUGACAUGCCAAAACAAUCAAGUGUGGCCUAUGGACUAAAUUAAAUGCCUCCUAUAGAAUUUCAAGGAAUGUUAGAACCAGGAAACUAGCUGUUUAGUUAUCAUUAAAAGUAUAUAUAAAUAUAUAUAAAUAUAUAUAUACAUAAGAAAUCAUAUCAACAAUGAGGAUGAACUGAGUGCCAAAUAUUCACCAUCUGUAUAAAGCUACACUUCACUAGAAUUAAACUAUUUUAUGUAAUUCUCUUUCUCAUGCUUUUAUGGUUCUUUUGAUAAAUUCUAUUUAGUAGCAUGCAGGAUACCUAAAUUGAAUGUACAGUAUGUUGUUUCAUUGCUACAAUAAUUUCUCGCUUCUCAGUAAUAUCUUCUUUACCAGAAUGUUAUUUGUUACUUUGAAGACAUAUUUGAGAAUUGUUUUAUUAUUGAGUUAUUCUUUUUUCAUGGUUCUCUACUCACCUCCAGCUGAUUGUAAGAAAAUGUGCUUCACUAUUUUGCCCCAUGGCUCUUUUAUGAAGCUGCCUCUUUCAAUUGGUUUAUGUAUUGUUUAUGUUCAUCUCCUGUAAAUAAUUCUGCAAUUAAAUUUUUUGAGAAAAA